CGAACUCGAAAGAGAACCAUCUCUGAAAUCCGAACACCCUACUCCUCCAGAAUGUUCCCUUCUACCUCUGCCACGGCCUCCCGCCUCCUCGUCCCCGCCGCCUCUCGCCGGGCCAUGGCCGCUGCCGCCUCGGCCAGCCCGCCGCCCCCGCAGCAAUCGGUCCCCAAGGCGGUGCGGGUCGUGGUGAAGGGCCGCGUGCAGGGCGUCUUCUUCCGAGACUGGACGGUGGAGACGGCGCGCGCGCUCGGGCUCGCCGGCUGGGUCCGCAACCGCCGCGACGGCACCGUGGAGGCCCUCCUCUCCGGAGAACCCGCCAGGGUCGACGAGAUGGUCUCCCGGCGCCUUCCUGUCGGGCCUCCCGCCGCCACUGUCACCGCGGUGCUGCCUUCCCCCGCCGAUCCGCUCGACCCCUCCGAGGGCUUCCACCGCAAGCCCACCGCCUGAUGACCACUGGCUCUUGUCAGUGACAUGAUGUACCAGUCGACUACUACUCAAUGGCCUCUCCUCUGCCCUGUCAGCCCAGGGCCCCAGCCUCCGUUCAACAACCUCCAACUGUCACCAACAAGGAAGCAAGGUCUCUAUGACCUCCAUUCCUGACGUAUCUCCUCCCUCAAUGGUUGAUGAUCAUUGAUGUCCACUGCUCCAACAUCGCCUCGUUCUCUCCAAGCAUCCGUGGCGUGGAGGAUCCUUCCCCCAAUGGUUUAAUCACUGGCGUUCAUAACAGCGUUGAACUGUGGUUUGUUCAUUAUCUGGGUGUACUAUGUCUUGCUACCUAGUUCCGAAGAGCCGACAGUCUAAAACAAAAUAUUCUUUAGAGCCCACUAUGACUAUGAGCACUUCGUGCUUGCUCAAAACCCUACCAAAGUUUUUGGACGACUGAAGCUGAACCGCCCAAGACUUUGUGUGUACUUGUCAGCUUCUCUUUCCAUGUAUGGAGUUGAUGUGUAGUAGUGUAUAGUGAUUGCAUAAUAAUACAGCUUAUGUUGUGCUGGAUGAAAA